GGUAAGUGUCUGGUUUGGGGACUGGACAUGUUUUUAAAGAGACCGAAGAGCUAAAGAAAUUUAAAAAAUGUUUACAAACGUAUGCGGGGUCCACUGAAUAUGUUUGCAUCGAGUUAAAAAAAAAACGGAAAAUCGCGUUUCGACCUAAAAACUACAGCUCUGAAAACUCAGCAUGGCCGACCAGAGGCUGUUGUACUUCGGUAUAUUAUAACGAUAUAACACACAUGCAUGUGUUCGACCUGUUAUUACUGGACUGAACAUAUCAAAGCUGAAUCGAACAGCUCCACACCUGCUGCAGCCGAGGAGCCCCUCUGGUCUCGCAGCAAUAACGUCUUCAGGUUUAACUUCUUCCCUGACAGUUCUCCAGCAGCUUCAGAGAAAGCACCUGCAUCGGACAGGACUGAGCCAACAAGCCAGAUUUCCUUCACUGAACAGGGCUCUGCUUUUGCCUUCAACUUUCAAAUCCCUCCUGCAGAAGACAUGGACACAACAGACACUCCAAAUACUUCUCAAGGUGACCGACAGUGCGUCCCAGAGGAGAAGCCUCCCCUUUCGCAGGAGGUUGAGUCUCCACCUGAACAAUCUGAGCAAUCAAAAACAAAGAAGAAGAAAAAGAAGUCAGGGAAGAAAAACUCCUCGAGUAUUGAGCCACUGCAGAAGCCAGCUGAGGAGAGUGAAGGUGCUGCAGAGGAGCUGGGUCAAGAAGAGCAGCUGAAAAGGGAGCUGGACUGGUGCAUCGAGCAGCUGGAGCUGGGCCUGAAGUGUCAGAAGGGUACACCGAAGCAGAAGGACGAGGCCUCGCGUGCCCUAAAGACUCUGCGCAGCUCCAAAGCUCCUCUCCCCAAGAAGAGGCAGGUGAUGAGAGCUGUAACUGGAGAUUACAGAAAGAAGAUGGAAGAGGAGAAGACCAAGCAAUUCAAACUCAUUCAGAGCGAAAUCGCAUCAGCCCAGGUCAAACUUGUGUCAGAGUCCCCAAAGAAGUCUGUUUUCCACCGGAGAGCUGAAGACAAAACUCAGACAUCACUCGCUGAGGAGAAGCUGCGGCGCACUGAAGCUCACUGUGCAGAGCUGACGCCGCAGACUCAAGAGGCGACGCCGGUUUUUGUUCUUAUCCCAUCGAAGGAGGAGUUUCACUUCAAUUUUCUCUGACUUGUCUGUCCUGAUGCCAAAUCCUUCACAAUGCAGCAUGCUGGAGAUAAAGUGCUACGUAGGCUGGCAGAACGGCACCGUCAGAGAUCUGUGGACAACCUUCUGGUGAACGCUGAAGAUAUGAGGAGAGAAGACGUCAAAAUCUCUGUGUUUACAGACAAAACCUUUAACUAAUACAUUUUUACAAAGCGUGAUGCAUUCACUGAAUUAAUGUGAUUGCUCAAAUCUCAAGAGAAACAUAUUCAAGUCCAUUCAGGCUGACAGCAUGGCGCCUCGAACCAUGUUACCAUAAAUACUGGAUUGCUGUCGAUUACACCUGAGGUGCCAAAAUAUCUUGUAUAUUUAGAAAAACAGACAAAUAUGUUUUUGUUGGACUUCUAAGAUAAUAAUCAUGUUAAUUCAGAAAAAAUGGUUCAAAGCAUUUGAGGUUUUUUGUUUUAUAUUGCUA